UUAGCAGUAAUUUUCAUGACUGUCUGGACUAUCUCAGACAAUCCAGACUGCUAGUUUCUGCUCCGAUAUCAGCAAAUAUUUUUGCAACACUGCACCGCCGCGAAUGGAGGUCGCUGACACCACCACUAAGUGAUAGACAAUUUGGCCAAAAGCCGGCGAAAAAGAGAAAUUGCUGAGUUUUAAACCGUAUAUUUGAGGAAUGGAGCCUACGCUGGACACGUAUAAGCUUAGCUGUGAGCUGUUUGGCCACAGCUUGGAUGUGCGCGCUGUUGCCGCUGGUGGCAGCACGCCCGAGGGCGGUCAAAUUAUUUUGUCUGGGUCUCGGGACAAGAGUACAAAGCUGUGGAAGCCAAUUGGCAACGAGUAUAUCGAGAGCCUGACGCUGCAGGACCACAAAAACUUCAUAUCCUACAUAUAUUUCCAUACCGCCGAGCAGUGGAUUUGCACGGCCAGCAAUGACGCGACAAUUUGCAUCUAUAAGCAAGACGGCUUUCUGCCGCUGCUUACGCUUAAAGGUCACGAGUCGACCGUUUGUGCAUUGUCGGAGGGCCUGAAGCCGCGCAGCCUCAUCAGCGGCAGUUGGGACAAAACCGCCUGUGUGUGGACCAUUGGAGAAACGGGCGAAGUUACGACCGUAUCGCUCAAAGGACACGAAGCAGCCGUCUGGGCUGUGGCGACGCUGAAAACGGAACAAAAGUACGUGACCGGAGGGGCCGACAAGUGCAUCUACUACUGGAACGAGAAGGGCGACAAGCUGCGCCUGCUCAAGGGUCACACCGACUGCGUCCGUGGUCUGAUUGGCCUGGAGGCCAACACGCUGCUCUCGUGCGGCAACGAUGCCGUUCUGAACUUCUGGAACGAGGAGGGCGAGUGUGUGCGAAAGCUGGCCGGGCAUACCAACUACAUCUAUGCCAUGGCCCGGAACCAGGCCUUGGGCGAUCAGGUUGUCGUCUCUUGUGGCGAGGACAGCACGCUGCGCAUGUGGAAUGUAAUAACCGGUGAUCAGCUUGGCGAGCCCAUUCUGCAUCCGGGCAUAUCGGUGUGGUCAGUGGCGUGUCUGCAAAACGGAGACAUUGUCACGGGCUGCAGCGAUGGCGUCGUCCGGGUGUUUAGCAAAGAACCAGCGCGUCAAGCAAGCGAGGCCGUCCGGCUAGCAUUCGACCAGGCGGUCGCCACACGCAAAUCGCAGAUAAACGAGGAGAUUGGCGGCGUUAAAAAGACAGAUCUUCCAGGUCCUGAAGCCCUGCUAUCGAAUGGAACCCGCGAGGGGCAAACGAAAAUGGUGCGUCAUCUGGAUGGAUCCGUCAAGUGUUAUAGCUGGGAGCUCGGCAAGUGGAAUUUGGUUGGUGAUGUCACGGGCGCCUCGGGCGGCACUCAGGCCAGCUCGGGCAAGAACCUGUACGAGGGCAAGGAGUAUGACUUUGUGUUCAAUGUCGACAUCUCGGACACAGCGCCGCCGAUAAAGCUGCCCUACAACCGUGGCGAAGAUCCCUGGCUGGCUGCCCAGGCCUUCAUUCACAAGAAUGACCUGCCACAGGCAUAUCUCGAGCAGGUGGCCAACUUCAUUGUAAAGAACUCGGAGGGUGGGCCUGUGGAGGUGAGUCAGGCACCCACCGGUUAUCAGGAUCCCUUUACUGGCGGCUCCCGCUAUGUGCCCGGCUCUAGCAACACGAAUGUCCGAACUACGGGUAAUGCGGAUCCCUUCACUGGAUCCUCCAGCUAUUCCACUAGCACAAGUCAUGCUCCAUCCAGUGUGGAUGUGAACUUUGUGCGUGCGGGUGACAAACACUUUCCCGUCAGCAGCUAUCGCACAUUUGAUACCUGCGAUGCCGCCAAAGUGCUGGAGAAAAUGAAAGAGUUCAACAAUAAACUUACGCCCAGCGAUGGAAAAGUUGGCGAUGAACUGCUGCUGGCUGUCAUUAAGCUAACCGAGCAGGCUCCCGUGCUGGAACUGACUGCUCUGGAGGCGCUUAUUAUUCUACUGAAAUGGCCAGUCGGUCAGCUCUUUCCGGUCAUCGACAUACUGCGCCUGGCCGUGCGCAACGAGGCCAUUUUCAGUGUGCUCAGCAAUAGCCAUGACUUCCUUAGCAUCGUGUUGCCACAACUCGGUGGGGCUGCGGCCAAUCAAUUGAUGGUGAUACGCUGCCUGGCGAACAGCCUCACCCACCACACUGGACGGCAGCAGGUGGAAUCGCAGUUGCCCAAGAUCAUUGAGUUGAUUAGUGGCAUCCGAGCGGGCAGCGCCAAUCUACAGAUUGCGAUGGCCACCUUCUAUCUGAACCUGACCAUUUCGCAGACCCAGGGUGUGGCAAAGUCCGAUAUUUGCUAUAUGGUCACGACGGGCGUUGUGGAGCUGCUCAAGUGGGCCAAGGAUCUGGAGGCAUGUUACCGCUCCAUGCAAGCCAUCGGCAACUUGACCACAACCCCAUGUGGCCAGGAGACCAUCGCCCAGGUUAUCUCCGUUGACUAUGUGAUGGACAAGCUGCGUGAGCUGACCAACACGCCUCAGGGCGAGAACUUCAGCAAGGUGAACUCGGUGGGACAGGCACUUCUGGCCGCAUUCUAAAACUACUUCCUGCAUAAGUCUAAAUUAUAUAUUGGAGAACGAUUUUUCUAAAUAAAUAUUAUACAC